GCACACUUUUAGGUUAAGUCAAGUGUUGUCAAAAUAAUUUUUCGUUCACAAAAAGAUAUCGUGUUUAGCAUUUGUAAGAAAAAUUUUAUUUGCUGAAUUUCUGGUUUACAGUAGUAUAUAUAUGCAGUUUGUAUUUUAUUGAUAACUUUCAUUUCAAUUACGAACAGAUUAUAACCCAUCUUAAGUUUCCUAAAGCAUAAAUAACAAUGGCCCAUUAUAAAGGAGCAGCUAGCGAAGCGGGGAGAGCCAUGCAACUUAUGAAAAAACGAGAACAACAAAUGCAAGACAUUGAGAUUCGUAAGAAGAAGAUUGAGGAAGAUCUAAAGUUAAACAAUAUUGAAAAUAAAUUUGCGACUCAUUAUGAUGCAGUGGAGCAACAACUUAAGAGCUCAACAAUCGGUUUGGUUACACUCGAUGAAAUGAAAGCGAAGCAAGAAAACAUUGUGAAAGAAAGAGAGAAAAAGUUGGCACAGAAGCAAGCGGAAAAAGAACGAGAGCGACAAAAGCAGUUGGAGGCAAAACAGGCGGAAAAAAAUAAGCAAAAACGGCAGAUUCAAGCAUUAUCGUUUACCCUAAACGAUGAGGAGGAAUGCGAGGAGGAACCAAAAGAAAAAAAACCAUGGAGAACAGAAUAUGAUGAAAAUGAUGUAAAUGUGAAAUUAUCGAAGAAGAUUAAAAAAGAUCCUAACGUAGACACUAGUUUCUUACCUGAUCGCGAAAGGGAGGAGGAGGAAAAUAGGUUGCGCGAGGAGCUGAGACAGGAGUGGGCUGCACAACAGCAAGAGCUCAAGGAGGAGGAAAUUGAUAUUACUUUUAGUUAUUGGGAUGGUUCUGGUCAUAGAAGGACAGUUCGGAUGAAGAAAGGAAAUUCGGUAUACAACUUCUUGCAAAAAGUUUUGGAAUUACUUCGUAAGGAAUUCUCAGAGUUGAAAACAGUAAUGGCCGAUCAACUAAUGUAUGUGAAAGAAGACCUGAUACUACCUCACCAUUACACAUUUUAUGAUUUUAUAGUCACAAAAGCACGAGGAAAAAGUGGGCCUCUGUUUCAGUUUGAUGUGCACGAUGAUGUACGUAUGGUAAGCGAUGCGUCGAUCGAAAAAGAAGACUCGCACGCCGGAAAGGUUCUAAUGCGUAGCUGGUAUGAACGAAAUAAACACAUAUUUCCGGCAAGUCGUUGGGAACCGUACGAUCCCACCAAAAGCUACGAUAAAUAUACUGUAUCGGAUAAAACAAAAAAGCCGCCAUAACAUAUAGAGUAAUAACGAAGUAGUUCAAUUUUGAUGCACAAUUUUAAUUGUUUACAUUUGUAUAUAAUUGAAUAAGAAUAAACUACGUUGUUCGCAGAAA